UACUGUUGACUGUGACGAAUGACUGUCGGUCGAGUGUCGACUGCUACUAAUACUGAGUAAAUGUCAAUUUAAGAUGUUUAAACUUCUAGUGUUUAACGUAUGCAUAUUCUUAAAUAAAUUAUAAUUUAUCUUCUUAUUGCACUUAUAAACUUUGAAGUGCACUACAAUGGAUGAAGACUGGCAAACAAAGAAGUCAACUAUUAGAGAAAGAGCUGAAAUGUUAUUUGUUUCUCAAGACUUGUGUGAUUGUGAAUUCCUUGUAGGUACUGAAAAGGUUAAGAUCCCAAGUCACAAAUUAUUUCUGGCUAUGUCCAGUCCUGUAUUUUAUGCAAUGUUUUUUGGUGAGAUGGCAGAAAGAGAAUCUGUUGAAAUCAAAGACAUUGAACCUGAUGCAUUCAAAGGAAUGUUACAGUAUAUUUACACGGAUCAAGUGGAGUUUGAAUCUUGUGCACAUGCUUGUGCCGUGUACACUGCUGCCACCAAGUAUCUCCUUCCCUACCUGGAAGAGUACUGUAUAAAGUACCUUCUUGGUAACAUCGCUGCAAACUCUGCUUGUGAACUCUUUGAGUUUGCCUUAUUCCAUGAUAACUCUGAAAUCAAGGAUACAUGUUUGAAGGUAUUCCAAAAUGACACUCAGGGAGUGUUAAAAAGUACUGGUUUCCUUGAGUCAGAAUUUUCAACUGUACUAACAAUUUUUGAACAACCUAAACUUGAACUUGACUCUGAACUCGAACUGUUUCAAGGUUUGAAGGAGUGGACUGACGCUGAAGCUGGACGAUUAGGUGUAAGUGUCGAGUCCCUGUCGACAUCGGUAACUGAAGCUCUCAGUAAGAUCAGGUUUCUUAUGAUGACUGCUGAGGAGUUCACGGGAGGGCCAGCAUUGUCUCCACUUUUGACUUCAGAGGAGAAACUGGCCAUUGCAAUGAAUAUUACCAAGCCAGGAGUGAUAGAGAUACCUGAACGGAUCAAUACGAGCAAAGGUCCAAGGGAGGUGAUGCAGCCUGAUACAGUAGUGCCUGUCCCACCGUUGGAGUGGAGUCUGGUAAGGGAGGUGUCAGAUACCAUUGUGUACCCUGUCACCCGAUGGGUCAAUCCCUUUCCACGGAAGGGCCUUACAGUUUCUAGAAACAUCAGGCUCAAAGGGGUUAAGAUUGCCUCUCAACGAGCAUCAACUAACGGCACCGAAUGCUCACUGACCUAUAAGGAAAAUGUGACAAUGGUGCUCAAAAAGGACUGGGCGGUCAAGUUUUCUGGUGCCAAGUAUGUGCAAGACACACCCUACAAUAGUACCUUCACUGUGCUCUUCUACAAGCCAGUGCUCAUUGAGGUAGGCAAGAAGUAUUGGAUCAUCGUCCAAUUCGACAAGAACGGUGACUACCAGUUCACGCGUGAUGCAUGCAGCGUCUACACCCUUAACAACAUCAGGGUGGAACUGUACGAAGAGUUCUCUCCCAUCACAGAGUUUCUGUUCUGUGACAAACCUGAAGACCAACAAUAGUCCAGCGAGAUUAGUCAUGUAAUGUUAGACAAAUAUCUGUCAUGUAAAUAUCACAUUCCUUGGUCUAUGUUUUGUCUGUUCUGUUAUGUCUACUUGUAAUCGUCUCCACCAGCUCCUAUCAAAAAUGGUCUAUUUACACUAUAUUAUCGCUAACUAAUCAGUUAUAUAUGUACAUUUUCCAACAUACUAUUUUAUAAAUUAAUGUUCAGUGUACAAGGAUGAUACGAAAUAUUACAUAAGUAGAUCGAAACAAAAGUUAAUUUAAUUUACUUACUCAGGCUAUAAAUGUAAUUAAAAUAACCAUAAUAACAACAAAAAGGCCGAUAAGAAUUUAAUAAGAUUAAUAUGUGCUAGAUUAACUAAAAGGAUUAGUAAACAAAGAGAAAUAUGUAUUUUAUAAAUUAUAUAAAUAAGUUUUAUAAAUUCAUAAAGUACAAGGAAAAAGUUACAAACUUAAUACCCAAUUAAUCUUAACAAAUAUACAAUGGAUAACAUAACUUGAUAUAUGAUAAGUUAGAUAUUUUAGGAUGUAUGACUUGAAAGCAUAUUUAGAGCUCGAUUCAUAAAAUUACGUAUAUGUGGUUGGAUGCUCAUAAAUUGAACUGCAUGUUUGCCUGUGGUCAAACAGCAAAGUAGUCUGUUUUGUUUGAAGUUGGGAGUGCUCAAACCAAAAAUGUUGUUUUGGCUGUGUUGUUGAUCGUAUUGCAAAGUCUCAUAAGGCUCGUUAUGAUACGUCUAGCAGAAAGUUGCACAACUUUCUCAAGUAUUCACUUGAGAAUGAGAGGUUUCUAAUGUCCUUCUCAUUUAAAGCCUACUUUUUUCAUAAGUGAGUAGUCUAUAAAUAUAUUUACAAGUUUAACACUUCCACUUUUAGGUUUUUUGCCUGUUUUAUUAAAUCAUGCGUACCAUGAAUGACAGAUAUUUGUUAAUAGUGUGAAGCAGGCUGUGCUUAGUCCUUAUAUAAUGUAGUAGAUAUUGUUAGUAAUUAAACAUUUAUUGAAAAUAUUUAUCAGAUAGUAUUACCAUUUAUGUAGAGUUUUCUUUAAAUUUAUUUUACAUUUUGUAUUAGAAAUAAUUUAUUUUUGUAUCUAAUGUUUUUAAUCUUUAUGUUUUUUAAUAUUAAUACAAUUUAUUUUAAAUCAUAUUAACAUGAAUUUCAGUGUAUUAAAACUGUGUAUGUUUUUUUUUAAUGACCAUGGUACUCAUGUUUCAUGAUCAACGUGUUACAAGCUAUGCAAUAAAAUCAAUUAUUUUUA